AUGACUUCUAACCACGCGCGCCGACUCCCCAACACACGCUGCAUCGUUACCUCCCAUCUUGAGUCCCGCUCUGCCACCAUCGCCAUCGAUGAGCAAAAAGAGCCCGUUGCAUACGAGGAUGGGACAUAUUUAAACCCCCUAUGGACUUCCGAUGAGAUCCCCGCAAUUAUCGAUCAAGAUCCGAACGAGGUCCGACUGGCCACAACAGCUGCGACUAACAAAGACUCCAUCUUCACAAUAUACGAUCUACCGCCAAAGUAUGAGGGCCCAAUGCAUCGGUCUAUCACCCUUGACUAUGUCACAGUCGCCAUGGGGAUUGUGACACUAAGCAUGGAUGACGGGACGAUGGUCACACUCAAUGCUGGCGACACGGUUGUGCAGAGGGGCACUAUGCAUAAGUGGGGAAAUCCCUCAAGUGAGUGGGCGAGAUUGACUUCGGUGAUGAUUCAAGCGAAGCCGGCGGUUGUUGGGGGGAAGAAACUCGAGGCAGCAUGGCCAUUCUGAUAGCUGAGGGCUGUUUUGAAUGAGAAAGAGAUAAGAUACUGUUUACGAUUCGUUGUCAUAACGCAGGAUUUGCGACUACUGAAAUUGCACCGUUUGUCGUCUUUCUGGGGCCUUAUGGAGGAACUGUGCAGCUCCGGGUGACGCUGCUACGGCAAAGCGCAUGUCUACUAAUCGGUGUACUAUUUGAGUUUACU